GAGCCUCAGUGUUCACACAGCACGGAAGAUAACGAUCUAUCCGAAAUUGUGUGAAAACACGCCAUUUCUGACUGAGGAGGUCUUAGUGUGGGAUAUAGGGGGAAAAGAAAACAAACAAACAACAACAACAAAACAACCGCCUGUUCACGCGCUCCUUCCUUCCUGUGAUGCGCGCGAGCGGAACUCUCCCACAAGCCGCGGACUCUUGAGAAGCAGAGACGCGCUCGCGCUGCGAAUCUGAAUCCACGCACGCGCGCAGAGCUCGCGCUCCAGCAGCUGCCCCAGCUUUCCUGUCGGAAGAGGCGCAGAGUCGCAGCGCGAGGCGGCUUUAUUCAGUUUAACCUGAACGAUAAUGCCUUUUACUCGACUGGUGCGGUAAAUCUGGAUACUUUUCUCAGCGUAAACUAGCGGAGAAGGAUUAAAAAACAAACAAACAAAAAUCUUAUCAUUUCCGUCAAAGAUGAACAGCCAAAUGGAAACCGAGCCCAGCGAAUACAGCAACGGUCCCGAGGAAGAGGUUCGGACUCUGUUUGUCAGCGGUUUGCCAUUGGACAUCAAACCCCGUGAGCUUUACUUGCUGUUCAGGCCAUUUAAGGGAUAUGAAGGGUCGCUGAUCAAACUUACAUCAAAGCAGCCAGUUGGCUUCGUGAGCUUCGACAGCAGAUCAGAGGCUGAAGCAGCCAAGAAUGCCCUGAACGGAGUUCGCUUCGACCCGGAGAUUCCCCAGACUUUACGGCUGGAGUUCGCCAAAGCCAACACCAAGAUGGCCAAGAGCAAACUGGUAGGGACGCCCAACCCCCCUCCAUCUCAGCAGAGCCCUGGACCACCCUUCAUUAGCCGGGAAGCUUAUGAGCUCACAGUUCCUGGUCUGUAUCCUAGCAACCCUGAUGUGUGGGCAUCAUACCCGUUGUACCCCGCUGACCUAUCACAUACCCUCGCACCCGCUUUCACCUACCCCUCCUCCCUACACGCUCAGAUCCGUUGGCUUCCUCCAGCUGACGCUCAGGGCUGGAAGUCCAGGCAGUUCUGCUGAAAUACGUGUUCCUUAUGUGUGAUGGUGGCUAUGGAUGGCCUUGAGCUGCUGCCCCCUCCAAUCCAACUCUUUUUUUACUUUUUGUCAAUCUUUCUCUGUUUCUCCACCCCACUCAAAGUCCAAACCAGAGACCUCCAGACUCCCCUUCCUCAGUCAUGGACCACAAGUCACCACCUCUUCCCCUGAGUUUAAAGAGCAAAUCAAGACCAGCUCUGCCUCCAUCACACAUCCCCCCCCCCCCCCUUCUCUACUGUUACACCACUGACACUUUUAUGGAAGGAGUGCACAUGGGUCUGCAUCUCUCUCUCUCUCUCUCUCUCUCUCUCUCUCUCUCUCUGUGUACACUGUUCAGUAAGACCAAUCAUGGUCCCAUAAUCAAUCAUACUAUAUACUAUCAUGUAAAUUAUAUUCUAUUUCUCCUUCUCUCCUAGACUGUUCUCACUCCAUCACGCCGACUCUCUCUCUUGUCUUUUUCUUGAUAUUCAGUCAUAUUUCACAGUACAUCAGUGCACAGUAUUGUUACUGUGGGAGUGUUCCAGUUUUAUUGAUACAGCUCACUGUAUAGCCUGCAUUCAUGCAGUCUCCAUCCUGUGCCAUUCUGCCUUCAGCUGUUGCCUGUUUUAAAGAAGGAUUGCAUGUGUGACUCAGUGAAGGGAAUCCCAUAGUUUUGUACAUGGAAAAGACUGAGGAGAGCUUUUAGGAAUGUAUUACAGUAUUGUGGUAAUAUUGUAUACUUAAAUCUAACUACUGUCAUUUGAAAAUGUGACACACUCCAACAUUGCCAGUUGAACGUUUUGUUUUUUUUAAAAACAGUUUAAUCACUAUUAUUGCCACAACAAACAAGCAAACAAAAUGAUACAAAAUAGCAGUUGAAUAGAGAGAGAGAAAUCUGUGUGGAAUUUAUUAAUUGCUUGCUCUAAGAUCCACAAAAACUGUAAAGCCAAUAGAUAAGACUCAGUAUUAAAACACAAAUAUAUGGUGUGCAUAAAGUGCCUAAAUAGAGUGAUAAAGAUUUAGGGGUUUUCCGACGACAACCCUGGUUAAAAAAAAAGUUAUGUAAAACAAAAGCAAAAUGCAAGGAUUUGCAAACCCUUUUCGACCUAUAUUCAGUUGAAUACAAUACAAAGAUCUUCAACCCAUCAUUAAAAACCAACAUGAUUGUGUGACGCACAUUACGACAUGGGCUCGGGAACACUUCGGAAAACUGUUGUCUGUUAACACAGUUUAUCGCUGCAUCCACAAAUGCAAAGUGAUAGCCAUAGAUCAACAUCCAGAAAUGUGUCUGUGAAGAUUCUCAGGCCCUGUUUACAUUAUUUUGAAUCAGCGGAUCAUCAGAUUAACGUUUUUAAAAUGAUUCGCGUGCACACAGCAACGCCAAUACACGAUUCGCGUGCACAUAGCAACGCCAAUACACGGAUACGCUAAUCACAUGACUAAUUAGACGGCACGUCACAUGAUCCCAGUGCAUAUCGGGCAUGCGCAAGUCACUCACCACUUGCAAGUGGAAGGAUGGCAAGCGAACACCUUCUCCAACAGAUAAACACACCUGGCUGUAAUGUUCAUGUUCUCACUGAGUUUAAGUGCCUGAAGGAGGUUGAAAUGGGUAAAUAAACCUCAGUGCGGCUCAGCGCUUCCUCCUGCGCUCCAAAUCACUCCGCCCUGAACAGCGAGUGCCCUCUGGAGGGUGCGCACUCCGGCCCUGCGUAGCUCACAGAGCGCGCGAGUGAAGCGCAUGAGCAGUGAUUCGGGACUGAGCCGCUGUGUGUGUGAUCCCAACGCCAGCGAAUCAGGAAGGUGGAUGUCACAGUGACGUUGUCCAAUGAUGACGUCAGCUAGAGCUCAGCACAGCGUAUCCGCGUAUUCUCAAUGUUUACACAGCACCGGACCAGACACAAACUGGAUUGAAUACGUGGGCUCUGGCGGAUUCCCGUUUCCUGGCGUUUUAAUGUGAACGGACAGUGCAUCCGCGAAGAAAACGAGACAGAUACGGUCUAAUGUAAACUUGGCCUCAGUCAUCCAGGUCAUAGUAACUGGGUGGUAAAAGAGAGCAAAUGGACUUGCUUGAAGAUUCUUGAAGACGUUUCACCUCUCAUCCGAAAGGCUUCUUCAGUUCUGUCUGACUAGUAGGGAGUAUAAGGUAUUUAUCCUCUCAUGGAUGAAAAGCUCAUCUAAGGUGUCGUUGAGUCAUCCUGUUGGUGUGGGUCACUGGGGGCUGGAUGUGAACGGCCUCGAGAGUCGUUAGGGUGAUCAAUGGAUUGCCCGUUAAGGUGAUCAAUGGAAUGCUGAUUCUGAAUGCCCCCAGUGACCCACACCAACAGGAUGAUCCAGAAAUGCCGCCAAAUUCUCUGGGUCUGAGCUCAUCUGAGCUAGAAUUAUGCAAAGUGGAAAAGUGUGCUGUGGUCUGACAUCCACAUUUCAAAUUGUUUUUGGAAAUCAUGGACACUUUGUGUCCUCUGGGCUAAAGAGGAAAAGGACCAGCCUGAUUGUUACCAGUAGAAAGUUCAAAAUCCAGCAUCCAUGUUAUGGGGGUGUGUUGGUGCCGAUGACAUGGAUAACUUGCACAUUUGUGAAGUCAACAUCAAUGCUGAAGGGUACUGCUAUCUAGACAUCAUCUUCAGGGUUAUCUCUACUUAUUCCAGCAAGACAAUGCCAAGCCACAUUCUGCACGUGUUACAACAGUGUGGCUUUGUAGUAAAAGAGUGGGGGUGCUAAACUGGCCUGCCUACCUCUCAUUGAAAAUGUGUGGUGCAUUAUCUAGUGCAAAAUACAACAACGUAGACCCCAGACUGUUGAGCAACUGAAGUUGUAUAUCAAGCAAGAAUGGGAAAGAAUUUCACUUUCAAAAUUUCAACAAUAGUGUCCUCAGUUCCCAAACACUUACUGAUGGCUAUUAAAAGAAAAGGUGAUGUAACACAGAGGUAGACUUGUCCCAGCUUUUUUGGAAUGUAUUGCAGGCAUCAAACUCAGAAUGAGUGUAUACAGUGUCUUGCAAAAGUGUUCAUCCACCUUGGCGUUUGUCCUGUUUUGUUGCAUUACAAGAU